AUGUCUCCGUUAGAUGCCAUGAACAGCUCCACCGCUAAGAUUUCUCAAAGAUUAUACUCUGCCAAGCAUCACCCGCCCACUAUGUCGACUUCCUACGUUCUUCUCGCAAAUCUGAAAGCAGGUCGUUGCUCAAACACCGCCGAGGUGUCCGUUCUUGACGUUCUACAGAAGAAGAAACUUCGUGAUGACUUGAAGAGCAUGAAAGCUACUACAGGAGAGGGAAUCAGUUAUUACUCGAAGAGCCCUGGUUUGGGAAUAUGCAAUUGCUUCGGUGUUAUCCUUUUCGAGAGAAAAGCAUCAGCAAAUGAAGAGCUAAACGCCAAAGAAGAGGAACUUCCCAAAGGAAACCCACUGCUUGACAACACUCCAACUGUGUUUAGUGUCAAAAGAAGGUGGGAUGAUGAUGUGGUAUCGAGAAUCAGGCAUUGCAGUGAGAACAAUAAAAGGACCAUUGUGCAUGACUUGGAUCGCCCAAGGUUGAGCUGGAGACAGAAGCUUGAGAUAUGUCUUGGUGCAGCUAGAGGCCUGCACUAUAUCCAUACAGAUUCCGCAAGAAGUAUCAUCCACCGCGAUAUGAAGUCUGAUAACAUUCUCUUCGAUGAGAAUUUCAUGGACAAAGUUUCAGAAUUUGGAUUGUUUAAGACGUCCAGAUCUUGA